AUGAGUACGACAUACAACCUCGAGCCGAACCCUACCGCCAAAGUCGUCCUCCACACGACUACCGGUGACCUGGAAAUCGAGCUAUUCGCGAAGCAGACGCCCAUAACCUCGCGCAACUUCCUGCAGCUAUGUCUCGAUGGCUACUACGACAACACCGUCUUCCACCGCCUGGUCAAGGGCUUCAUCGUCCAGGGAGGAGACCCGACAGGCACCGGCCAGGGCGGAGAGAGUAGCUACGAUGGCGAGCCUUUCGCGGAUGAGUUCCACAGUCGGCUGAAGUAUACUAGGCGAGGACUGCUGGGCAUGGCCAACACAGGAAAGAAGGACGACAACGGCAGCCAGUUCUUCUUCACACUGGCCGCGACGCCGGAGCUGCAGGGGAAGAACACCAUGUUCGGCAGGGUGGCAGGCGACACCAUCUACAACCUGAUGAAGAUGGCCGAGGCUGAGAUACGGGACGGAAGUGAGGACCAGCCCAUGUACCCGACUAAGGUCACCGGCGCUGAGAUAAUUAUUAACCCGUUCGAGGACAUGGUCAAGAGGGCGCAAGUGGCAGCGCGGACAGAACCAGAGACGAAGAAGGCUAAGAAGCCGAAGCGGAAGGCCGGCAAGAACGUGCUCAGUUUUGGUGAUGAUGCAGCUGAGGCUGACUCGGCUCCUGUUGCGAAGAAGCCCAAGUUUAACACCAAGCUAGUCAGUGCAGGCGAGGACAAGCCCGCGUCGAAAGCACCUGAGGACACGAGAGAGAUACCCAUACGCAAGCCAUCGCGAAAGUCACCGCCGCCAUCCCCCUCGCCCAAACUCGCACAAAAAGCCGCCCCCAUAUCACCACCUAAGCCCAAAGCCCGCACCCCCCCACGAGAACUCUCGCCCGAGUCCGAAAAGCGAUCGAAGCUAGACCGUGUGAACCAACAGAUCGCCGAUCUCAAGGCAUCUAUGAAGCGAAACACAUCAGCCCAAGAUACAGGACCGGUCAAGAAGAAGUCGUUGCUAGAGGCUAUGGUGCCAACAUCCACAACACGGGGACGGAAGCGAGGGGCAGGCGGCAACACUAAGGACGAACAGUCCGCGCUGGACAUCCUCUCCCGAUUCAAGUCGAAACUGGAAUCAGCCGACUCAGCCGCAGCCCCGAAAAUCGCAACACCGGCACUACCCGAGGAUACGGCGAACGGCCACACCAACGAAGAUAGGGGUGAAGACGACCAGGAAGACGAAGCUGCGUGUGACUUGCAUUUCAUAGUAGGCUGCCAGUCCUGUAAAGCCUGGGAUAAGCAGGACGAAGAGGAUUCAGAUGACGACGCAGGGUGGAUGUCGCAUUCGUUGAGCUUCGCGAAAGACAGAUUAGGGAAAGACCUCGAGUGGAAGCGGAAGAACGAAGAGGAGCUAUUGGUCAUUGAUCCAAGGGAGGAGGCAAAACGGCAUAAAGCUGAAGGUAAAAGGGUAGGAAAGAACGAGAUGAUGCAAAGGCAAACAAGGCCAAGUCCUGCCACUAAGAUGCCGAUUAACUGGAACGACAAAGAGGUGCUCGAGCGUCUCUUCAUCGCGACCCUUGCCUCCUUCGACAACGAGAUUGACAUCAAGGAAGUUGCUCGUCUCCAUGGCGGCGACAUGACCUACCAUGCUCUCGAGAACCGAUUGCGCAAGUGGAAGAAGGAGGCUGCAGCUCUCAAGGAUGAAGCUGAAGGUCGUGAGGGCGCUGCGAAGAGCCCGGUGAAGACACGCGCAAGGAAGGGCGCUGCUAGUCCAGCCAAGGGUGCUGUCAAGGCUGGGCGGAUCACGAAGAAGAAAGCCCUUGCUGCUACCAAGAUCAAGUCUGAGCCGCCUAUCGAGGAAGAUGUGCUCAACGGUAUCGACGAGGAGGCGAUGGAUGAUGACGAGGCGGUUGGCGAAGUUGGCGAGUUCAUCUGA